UCUGUCAGAAGGUGGAGCUUGGGAGCUUUAUAUAUAUAUAUAUUGAGGGUGCAUGGAAUACAUCACUUGCGUUAAGAAGAAUCUGCACUUCCCGAGGCUUUUCAGCAGACUACAUUCCACCACACAAGAUAACAGUUUAGUAAGACCAUGGCUGGGAAACCCAAGCUUCACUACUUCAACGGAAGAGGGAGAAUGGAAACCAUAAGGUGGAUUUUGGCUGCAGCUGGGAUUGAGUUUGAAGAGCAAUUCAUUGACUCAAAAGAAGAUCUACAGAAGUUAAAAAAAGAUGGAUACCUGCUUUUUGAACAGGUGCCCAUGGUGGAAAUUGAUGGGAUGAAGCUGGUGCAGACGCGAGCCAUUCUCAAUUACAUCGCAGCAAAAUACAACCUCUACGGGAAGGACUUGAAGGAGAAAGCAUUAAUUGACAUGUACUGUGAAGCUACUGUAGAUCUCAACGAGGGAAUUAUGCUGCUUAAUUUCAAGCCAGCCGACACCCGGGCGAAGGAGACACAGACAAUCCUGGAGAAAGCCUCCACCAGAUAUUUCCCAGUCUUUGAAAAGGUGCUCAAGGAUCAUGGAAAAGAAUUCCUUGUGGGGAAACAGCUCAGCAGAGCAGAUGUUCAACUGCUUGAAAGCAUUUUGAUGGCGGAAGAGUUGAAGGCAGACAUUCUCUCCGGCUUUCCUCUAUUAAAGGCUUUUAAAGAGAGGAUAAGUAGCAUCCCCACAAUUAAGAAAUUCUUGCAGCCUGGCAGUGCACGAAAACCUCCACUAAACGAGAAGGCGGCAGCUGAAGCAAUAAAAAUUUUUCACUAAAUUUUGGCUGGGAAUCUGGGGGUCAUUAACUGGUGUAGAUAGAAAUGCUGAGUUUAGAUGUGGCAGUAACUGUACAUCAAGUGAUUGUAAGGGACUGUAACGUGGCAGGCCUCUGCUUCAGGAUCAAUCAACAAUCAGUUACAGCAGAAAGAUCAAGAUGUGUAAAGAUAAAACUUUGCCAUUAAACUAACCUGAAAUAAAACAUUCUAUAUUUGA